AUGACCUAUCGUUUAAGAUGUUAUUAUGUGACAUUUAUAUUAUUAAAUAUACCAAUGUUUGUAUUAAUGUUAACAUCAAUUGGUUUUAGAUUAAGUGAUAAACCAUAUCGUAAUAUAUAUGGUACAGGUAUAUUAAUUGCUAUGACAGCAUAUCAUACAAAUUUUACAUUAAAAUCAACUAUAUAUACAACUGGUUGUAAUUGUAUUUGUUGUUCAGAUCAUUGUUUAAUAAAAUAUCCAAAAAUUAAUCGUUUAAUUAUAUCAUUUACAACACCAGUAGCUAUAAAAGAUAAAGAAGCAUUAUUAGAAGGUAUAGUUAUACCAGUACGUAUGGAUAAAUAG